GCCAAAAUAGUGCACAGGUUAUUAAGUAGGCGCAGUGCAUGCUGAUGGCAUUGGCCUUUUGGUGCCGAAGGAAGGGGUGAUAUCCCGAGUGACUUGGACAGGCUACAAAUUAAGCCAUAAAUUCAGAACUGUGAACGAAGAUCCUGAGGGUAACAGAUAUGAGCUGAAUUGAGACAUCAAUGCCAACCAGUUUCCUGAGGCCAGGCAUACAUGAAUAUUAUGCGAAAGAAGAGCAGUAGCCUAUGAGUUCAUGAGUUGCAUGCCUGUCGAGAUGAGCACAAGACGUAGACAAGUCGUCCAAGCACCGAAGGCACCAUUCGCCACUAAGCGACAGCCGCACACUAAACAAGAGAAAUCAUCCAGGAGGAAGAAAGCGAAGACAGACGACGAUGCCAUGGCAACCAGUAUUGUCACCAUAGUAACGAGACAUCUACGCCGUGCAGCUAACCCUGAUCGGGCGCCGGCUAUGGCAAAAUACAUGCGAGAUCAGUUCACAUUUUACGGUAUCGGGAGUCCGGACUUGAAGAGCGCUUUCCAAGAUAUCCUUGCAGAAUCACCAGCAAUUACUCAGCCGGCCGACCUCAGGAGUACAAUGCUAUCCCUAUGGCGCAAACCCGAACGAGAGUAUCAACAUAUUGCCUUGAAAUUCGCCGAGAGGUACCGGGGUUUGCUCCUGGGAAAAACGGCUGACGAUUGCCGAGAAUCGGCGCGGUGUCUGGAGACCUUGUUAACGACGAGGAGUUGGUGGGAUACCAUUGAUAGUAUUUCGCCAAAUCUGGUCGGAUAUCUAGCGAAAGAACAACCAGCUGUGAUGAACCCAGUCCUAGAAGGCUGGAUAACACACUCCAACAUGUGGCUUCGCCGGACGGCAAUCCUUCAUCAGUUAAAAUAUAAACACGACACCGACCAGGACAAGCUUUUCAGAUUCUGCCUGUUGUGUUGCCAUGAGAAGGAAUUCUUCAUCCAGAAAUCUAUCGGAUGGGCUCUACGCAACCACUUCCGCAUUGCCCCCCAGGCUGUCAAAGACUUUGUGAAGGAGAACAAAGACAAGCUAGCUCCACUGAGCAAACGAGAGGCUCUGAAGCAUGCUUGAAGAAAAGUCUGGUAACUUUUAGGAUUAGCAAGCAGCAUCCAUCCGGGGAAAAAGGAAAAUCAAUUUGACAGUUAUGUCGUGCUGUUUUUAAACUCACUUGGGAAGAUAAAAAAUAAAAGACUGCUCUUUCUGCCUGCAGAGAGUAACUCAGGGAUCUGUUGGAGUAAUGUGUGAGAUAAUACAACACUGCUAUCAACUGCUGAUUAAAUAUGCAUAUUUUAAUUCUGUUAAUAUUUUCAGUCGGGCCUCUUCAGAACAGGAACUCUAACCAUUUCAAAUGAGACUCCUUGAUUGUCAACAGAAUAGGUCAACAUACCAAUGACGUCACACUUUGUUCACAUGUGCACCUUUCUAUGAAGCCAGUGGGGGCCCAUUGUCCCCUGUGGCAUCAUUAAUAUCGAUGUCUACUAGCAUGGGAGUAUCUACACCUUUGAUCUCAUCACCUGUAUUUUUUUCAUUACAAUU